AUGCAAACUCACGGGGUGAAACACACCAAGACGCCACCAUACCACCCGUCAUCUAACGGUGCCGCGGAGCGCCUGGUACAGACGACAAAGAAGACACUACGAAAGCAAGUCCUUCAGGACCACAACUCUGGUCAGGUUAGACCAAUCUCUGAACGUAUCGACAGCUUCCUCAUGGCGUACAGGAAUACGCCGUCUACAGUAACUGGUAAGACACCAGCCGAACUUUUUCUAAAACGUACACCACGUACUAUAUUAUCGCUACUUAAACCAAGCUUCCUAGAUGAUAUGCGCAACAAUCAAGGCAUUGAUCACCAGAAAAGUUUGCAUCGCCGCAAGCCCAGAUUUUUCAGUGAGGGACAACCAGUCUACGUUAAGACCGUACGAGGAGAAGGUAUCGCCUGGGAAGAAGGGACAACUGUGAGUGUGGUUAGCCCUGUGACGUUUGUGGUGAACGUAAACGAACAGGACCGGUUUGUGCAUAGUGAUCAUCUGCGAUGUCGAUCAGUGUUUCCACAGACCUUUGCGAAGCAUAAGGUGCCAGUGACAAGUACCAGGGCUCCGAGUCCAUCUGCCCAGCAGCCGCCGGAUGUAGCUGACAUCCACCGUCGCGAUAUUCCGUCUACCCCGCCUCCGGACAAGCAGGCUGCGACCCCGGAAAAGACCCGGAACCCCUCCACUCCGCUUUCUCAGAGGUCACCCAGUGGACAGCCUGCAACGCAAGACGCUGGGAACGAUCAACUUGGAUUCCCCUCCACAUCAGCUACGACGCCGCAACACGAGACACCAGUCAUCCGCACAAGUUCCCGCGUUUCAAGACUUCCCGACCGCUACCAAGCACCAGACUUCAGAAAAUGA